AGAGAAGGAGCAGGAUGCCCGAGGGCUGUGGGGCCGGACGACGCAGAGCAUCCCCGCGGCCAGGGCAGCAUGGCAGCUGCCGGGGAGGUGGAGCCGGCCUCUGACCUGCCAGCAUCGCAACGCGGGCACAUCGUCUGCUCAGGAUAAAUCCUCCAUCUCUCCAUCCUACCUGCGCCGGAACACACCAGGGAAAAAUAAAACAAAGGCAUAUAAUUACAAAGAGGUAUAUGCACUUCUAAGGGCAGGGCUGGCAGGAGGAAGGGGCAGCGCGGCCAGGUGCGUGCGGCUCCUCUGCGCGGGCUGCGGGAGGUGGAUGCGGAGCUGGGCCGCGCGCCGCCGCCAUGGAGCACAUCCGGAUGCCCAAGGUGGAAAAUGUUCGGUUACUUGAUCGUUUAUCUUCAAGAAAAUCUGCACUGGGGACCUUGUAUUUAACAGCUACCCAUGUUAUAUUUGUGGAGAAUGAUUCUGAAACUCAUAAAGAAACCUGGGUUCUUCAUAGUCAAAUCUCCUCUAUUGAGAAGCAGGCCACCACUGCCACUGGCUGCCCAUUGCUGAUCCGCUGCAAGAACUUCCAAGUCAUCCAGUUGGUCAUCCCUCAGGAACGAGACUGCCAUGAUGUUUACAUAUCUCUGAUACGUCUGGCACGGCCAGUGAAAUAUGAAGAGCUGUAUUGUUUCUCAUUCAACCCAAAACUUGACAAAGAAGAACGAGAACAAGGCUGGAAGCUUGUGGACCUCAGUGAAGAAUACAAUCGGAUGGGUAUUCCAAACAACUAUUGGCAGAUUAGUGAUGUAAACAGAGACUAUGGAGUCUGUGACUCCUACCCUACGGAAGUGUAUGUACCAAAGUCUGCCACUGCACACAUCAUAGUGGGGAGCUCUAAAUUCCGAAGCCGAAGGCGUUUCCCAGCUCUUUCCUACUACUGCAAGAAUAACAAUGCCUCCAUAUGCAGAAGCAGCCAGCCUUUAUCUGGCUUUAGUGCUCGAUGCCUUGAGGAUGAACAGAUGCUCCAAGCCAUUAGGAAAGCAAAUCCAGGAAGCGAUUUCAUAUAUGUUGUUGACACUCGGCCCAAACUCAAUGCAAUGGCAAACAGAGCAGCAGGGAAGGGAUAUGAAAAUGAAGACAACUACUCCAACAUCAAGUUUCAAUUCAUAGGCAUUGAGAACAUCCAUGUCAUGAGAAAUAGUCUGCAGAAAAUGCUUGAAGUCUGUGAGCUGAAAUCGCCUUCAAUGAGUGAUUUUCUGUGGGGCCUAGAAAAUUCUGGCUGGCUGAAGCAUAUCAAAGCCAUUAUGGAUGCUGGCAUUUUUAUUGCAAAGGCUGUGGCUGAGGAAGGUGUGAGUGUGCUUGUUCACUGCUCUGAUGGCUGGGAUAGGACAGCCCAGGUUUGCUCUGUAGCAAGCCUUCUGUUGGAUCCAUAUUACAGAACUAUGAAAGGAUUAAUGGUGCUAAUUGAAAAGGACUGGGUUUCCUUUGGCCACAAAUUUAACCACAGGUAUGGCAAUUUAGAUGGAGAUCCAAAGGAGAUAUCCCCUGUUAUUGACCAGUUCAUUGAGUGUGUCUGGCAGUUAAUGGAACAGUUUCCUUGUGCCUUUGAAUUCAAUGAGAGAUUCCUCAUCCACAUACAGCAUCACAUCUAUUCUUGCCAGUUUGGGAAUUUCCUGUGUAACAGCCAGAAGGAGAGACAAGAACUGAAAGUCCAAGAGCGAACAUAUUCAUUGUGGGCUCACUUGUGGAAAAAUCGUGCUGAUUACCUGAAUCCUUUGUACAGAUCAGAUCACAGUCAAACUCAAGGGACCCUGCACCCACAGAUGGCUCCGUGCAACUUCUUAUACAAGUUCUGGAGUGGCAUGUACAACCGCUUUGAAAAGGGGCUGCAUCCUCGACAGUCAGUUACAGAUUAUCUGAUGGCAGUGAAGGAAGAAACUCAGCAGCUGGAAGAAGAGCUGGAGGUCUUAGGAGAGAGAUUGGCGAACCUUCAGAAAUCACAAUUAAAUGAUCGUGAAGUCAAGACUAAGCCACAGGACCGAAGCAAACAGUUAGGGCUUUCUACUUCCAACAACAGCUUAGCAAACACGCCCCAGGAGUACAGCAACGAUCUGAAAUCAUUCCCAUCUCGGAGCCCUUCACAAGGAGAUGAAGAAGAUUCAGCCCUGAUUUUGACACAAGACAACCUGAAAAGCUCUGAUCCUGACCUCUCAGCUAACAGUGAUCAGGAGUCUGGUGUGGAGGACUUAAGCUGUAGGUCCCCAAGUGGAGGUGGCUGCUUGCCUAGUGAAGAUAGUGGCAAGGAUUCAGAUGAGGCUGUAUUUCUGGCAGUCUGAAAUACCUUCACAAUGGCAAGGAUGCAGAUGAAGUUGAGUCUUUCAUAGUCUGGAAUGACAUCUUUUCAUCAGAUGAAGAAUGGGAGUGGUCUGUGGCCUAAAGAAAUAAUCCAAAGAAAGGGAACUGUGCAAUUGUGUAAGUAAAGAUUUAAGCAGAACAAGCCAUUAUUAGUUCUAAGAUAUACUGCUAAAGAAAGGUACUCUGCUGUUAUAUUUAGUUAAGCCAAUGUGGUUUUUAUCACUGCUGUACAUAAUUAUUCCUUACAUCAUACAUUUCCAUAAUUAUUUAUUGUACAAAACAAUAGUUCUUCUCCAAAGAUGUAAAAUCCCAAAGUACUCUCUCACACCUAGGGACAAGUUCAAAGAUUCAUUAGUGUUAUCCUUACUGGUGAAUCAGACAAAACUUAUUUUUGUAGACCCCUUUCACCUUCAGACUUCUUAUGUAUAUGCUUCACUUCUUUUGUUUUUCAUGAGAGUUGAAUUCCAAUGCUGGAAUUUAAUUCCAACAAUUACUUACAUAUUGUCCUACGAGAAUCCUUUAUGACAAAGUAGAACUAACAAAUGGACGUGCUUGUGUAGGGGACAAACAAAACUUGGAUCCUGCAAAAAUAUCCUUUAGCAAGCAGCUGUUGCUGCUGCAUGGGAAUGCAUCACCCUAUAUGAAUACAACUCUCAACCAGUGUUGAAAGUUCAGUUGUUUCUGUGAGCAGAACUUCAAGGGAUCUAAAAAUAUUACACAGCUGUUGUGGUGAAGCAUUAUAAAAUGAGAGGUAGACUUUGCUCUGCUGUCUUUGUUCUCAAGUUUGAUUGUUUAUAUCUUUUCCCCAUGCUCCAAACUAGGUACGUAAUGUAUAAAGCUAAAAUCCUGAAAGUGAUAAACCCCCAGAUUCUCCAGCCUGUUUUGAGUCUUACUUUCCAGUGUUCUAUUUGAGUGAGAGAGGCACAUACACAGUAAAGAAUAGGGAAUCCAGUAUCACUUCUAAAAAUCAUUUAUGAAAAUGCCUCUCCAAACUCAGAACUAAAGGAAGGUUAUGCCCACAAAUGAACUGUUACAAAUAUUUCCUCCAAAGUUUAUUGUUUAAGAUAAACCAUAACUAAGGGGAUUUUCUUAUCCUCACACAUUUCCCCUUCACUCUUAACCAACC